UUGGGCGCUUUCCAGGACGGAGUAUCUCUUUAAUAAUAGACGUCUAGACGGACACGUGUAGUUCCCCCUUUCGGCUCACGGUCUGGUCACCAACAGACCACCCCCUACUCUCGGCGCACGCACGUCUACAACCACUGCAACCACACCCAUUUUUUAAAUUGAGACGAGACGUCUUGCUACCAGACCAAGAUGGACAAGAUCAACGACGCGCUGAAGGACAUGGACGUCACAACCAAAAUCCGAGUGUACAAGAAGUUCAAGGCCUUGGACACGGACGCGAGCGGGAACUUGGAUCUGGCGGAAUUUACGAAGGGGUUCGAGAGCGUCGGGCUGUCGGAUGCCGAGAUGAAAGCCGCCUUCGACUCGCUAGACAAGGACAAGAACAGAACUCUCAAGAAGAGCGAAUUCAUGGACAUCCUCCUGCCAUCCAUGUCUGACGCCCGCAAAGCAAAACUCAAGGAAGUCUUCCAGAGUGCAGACAAGACCGGGGAUGGAGUGAUCUCCACGGCCGACCUGUCUAAGGCCUUCGCCGCCAACGACCCGGGCGUCAAGGCCGGCUCCAAGACUUUGGAAGACGUGCAGAACGAGUUUCUUAACACUUUCGAGCCCGAAGGAGCAGGCAAAGACGGGAAGGUAACUUUUGAGGAGUUUGAGAAAUACUAUACCCCCGUCAGCCAGCGUUUUGCCAGCGAUGACGAGUUCAUCAACAUGGUCAAGGCUUCCUGGGGAUUGUAAGCGCACCGCGUGAACCAGAAACGACUAUGGCUAUAUCGACCCAAGUCAUCAUCAUUUGAAAAUGAAAGAAGCGUUUCUGUCAUUCCGGGGGUUGCCGUUUUAAGACUCUUAAAUGUGUGUCUUUCUAGAUUCCUCGUGGCCUUAGUAUUGUUUAAAGAUAACUUUUUAUACUUUUUCUUAAUUAUUUGUGUUUUCCUAAGUUUGUGCAAGUCUGAAAUAACACACUAACAGUUUAGAGUUUCAGAAUUUACCCAACGUCAAUUCAAAUGCCGAGGUGUAAAGUGGGCCUUUAAUAAAAAAGAUUUAGUGAAAAUUGGUCCAAUAUUCCCUUUACGUUAGGUUUGACUUGGCCUCGAAGAUGUGCUAACCAUUUAUAAAAACCACACAGCUAGAGGCCUAAGCAGAUUCGCGGACAAUCCACUUGACAGACACAAAACAAACUCAAAAUGCAGACACGGACAAACAGACUGAAAAAAUGCAAGUUUAGCUACAAUAAUUCAUCUCAACCUCCAAUUUAAAACGGAGAAAGGUCUAAACAACUGAGUGAGUUCAGCGCUGUGAAUGUUUCUCGCGAAAGGUUUCUGUUCAAAAUUGAUAACCAUUUUUGCUUUCUUUAGAGAUUAUCUUUAUGUUAUUUUGAGAACAAUUUUAAAAUUGCGCAUUUCAUACUCGGGCACUGUCCGAUGAAACUACGCCGUAUUAAAGAGUUUAGUUUAUUCAAUAAAUUGGUGGAGUCACCCUAAAUACAACGCAAAAGAAAA